UGUACAUUCAUUUUCAGUAUACAAUUACAUGGUUUAUUUUUAAUUUUAGAAAGGUUUUAUACUAAUUUAUUAUAUCCUAGUGAUAAAAAAAGCUUUAAACAUGGAUGACGAUUACGACGACAGACCCUGGGAUGUUGGUGAUCGAAAUGAUGACUCUGAUGCUGGAGAUGAUCCUGAAAAUCCUGAACAAGUGUUGGCCGAAUGCGCCGAGAAAUUUUCAACUUCUGACUACAUUAUGGAACCUGGAAUAUUUUCGCAGUUAAAACGCUACUUUCAAUCUGGUGGCAAUCCAUUACAAGUAAUUGAAGAGUUAUCCCAAAAUUAUACAGCAGUAGCACAAAUGGCUAACUUAAUAGCGGAAUGGCUUAUAAUAGGAGGUGUUAAAGUUACAGAUGUUCAAGCCAUGGUAGAGAAUCAUUUAAAGGAAAUGAUUCUUAAAACUUUUGACCCAAAGAAAGCUGACACUAUUUUCACUGAGGAGGGAGAAACUCCGGCUUGGUUAACGCAAUUGAUUGAGCAUCCAACUUGGAGGUCUUUAAUUUACAGAUUAGCUGAAGAAUAUCCUGAUUGUUUAAUGUUGAAUUUCACAAUCAAGUUAAUUUCUGAUGCUGGUUUUCAAGGAGAAAUCACCAGCAUUUCGACAGCUGCUCAGCAACUUGAAGUGUUUUCUAGGGUGUUGAAAACAUCCAUAAUGAGUUUUCUUACAAAUCCGGAAGAGUGGCAAAAUACUAGUAAAGAAUGUGCAAAAAUGGUAUGCCAUGGUCAACACACUUACGUGUACAGUCAAGUUAUCAUUCACAUUUUGGCUCGUGAAUCAAAAGGCGGAAGUAGCAUGAAAAGAUUGUCUCAAGAGAUCACGAAAUGUGCCCAAAAAAAUGGAAAUGAUGUUACACCUAUUACAAUGGCUUUAAAUGGGGCUUCAGGUUACCCAACCGCUUGUCAGGCUCUUACUGCUAUGUUAUCAAAAAACACUCUUAAUCCUGCAGACAUUACAGUUCUUUAUAGAAAUUAUACUGGCGAAGAUCCCCCACCUAUCGAUCUAAUCAGAACGCCGCAGUUUUUAGAAUUAUUGAUCGACUCCUUAUUCAAACCCGGAGUCAAGCUGAAUCCAGACUACAAACCGAAAUACAUACAUCUGUUGGCGUACGCUUCUAGCGUAUCGGAAGUUCAACAAAAGAAGGGCCAAAAGAGGAUUUCGAAUAAAGAUGAGCUCCAAGCGACAGUACGCGCCAUCGAAACGGUGCACAAUAUUUGUAACGGAAACAAAGGGAGUUCUGAACUGAUUGCAGAACUGUCGACCAUUUACCAGUCUCUCAAAUUCCCAGUGGUAUCGGUAGGCAUCAUCAGAUGGGUGGAAUGCACGGUAACGGAGCCUAGUUAUUUCAAAUUAUGCACAGAACACACUCCCAUCCAUCUGGCGCUAUUAGACGAAGUCGUAACUCUGCAUCCGCUACUCCACAAUCAAGUUUUAACGUUGUUGAUUAAGCUGUUCGAGUCCAAGCAAGACGAACUCGAAAUCUUAGUCCAGCUCGAAAUGAGGAAAAUGGUUCUGGACAGAAUGGUGAAUCUGCUGUGCUCGGGUUGCGUGGUACCGGUCGUCAAAUAUAUAAAGCAGUGUUGGCAAAGAGGCGAUACCGAUAUAUCUUUGAUUAGAUAUUUCGUGACAGAGGUAUUAGAAACUAUUGGACCACCGUAUAGCUCGGAAUUCGUACAUUUAUUUAUGCCCAUGGUUGAGAAUGACGAAAUAACUGGAACAAUGAGGGGAGAUGGAGAAAAUGAUCCAGUAUCCGAAUUUAUUGUUUAUUGCAAAGCCAAUUACACCACUGUAAUAUAG